UGGCCAGGAGCUAUGCCCCAACUUACCAAGCAACCAAAAAUUCCCAUUUUUUCUCUCUCUCUCUCUUUCUCAAUGUAAUAAAUACCCAAAUUGUUUGGGACAAUUUUAGCUUAAAUUAAAAGUUUCCAAAAAAAAGAUGGCAAUUUUGCAAGCAAUUCUUCCAUGUACUACUCUCUUAAAAACCCCAAUACUCUGUUUCUCACAAACCCCAUCAAAUUCCCACCUGAAACUUCACAAUUUCAUCAAGACUUCAAAUCAAAAACCCAAAUUAUCAUUCAAUAAACUACAUGCAAUUGCAUCAGAUGUUGCAGUUGGAUCAUCAGCUUCAGGAGAAGAAGAUGAAGUGUUUGUGGGUCCCAGCAGUGAAGCAGAAGUCAGAGGAGAGAGAGAGGUGGUAGAUUAUGAUUGGACAGAAGAAUGGUACCCACUUUACUUGACUAAGAACAUUCCAGAAGAUGCUCCUUUGGGUCUUACUGUUUUUCAUAAACAGCUUGUUUUGUUUCGUGAUGCUUCUGGUGAGCUCAGGUGCUACGAAGAUCGUUGCCCCCACAGGCUAGCCAAACUUUCAGAAGGGCAAUUAGUUGAUGGGAGGUUGGAAUGCUUAUACCAUGGUUGGCAAUUUGAAGGCGAAGGCAAAUGUGUGAAGAUACCUCAGCUUCCAGCAGAAGCCAAAAUUCCUAAACAAGCAUGUAUAAGGACUUAUGAAGUGAGAGAUUGCCAAGGAGUUGUGUGGGUGUGGAUGUCCCAAAGAACCCCGCCAAACGCCAAGAAAAUCCCUUGGUUUGAAAACUUUGCUAGGCCAGGUUUUCAAGAUGUCUCGACGACACAUGAGCUUCCAUAUGACCACUCUAUUCUCCUCGAGAACCUAAUGGAUCCAGCCCACAUCCCGAUCUCCCAUGAUCGGACUGAUUGGACUGCAAAGCGUGAAGAUGCUCAACCUUUGCUUUUCGAGGUUACUGAGAGAACAGAACGAGGAUUUGCUGGCUGGUGGGGAAAAGAAAGCGAGAAGUCUAUGCUUAAUUUUCUGAGGUUUGAGGCACCUUGUGUGCUGUCAAAUAGCAGAGAGUUAGUUGAUGAAAAGGGAGAGAAACACUACUUCACUGGGCUCUUCCUUUGCAGACCAUCAGGACAGGGUAAAUCCAUGCUCAUUGUGAGGUUUGGAACCACUAAACGAUCGCCUCUUGCUAAAUUUUUCCCCAAAUGGUAUUUCCACCAAAACGCUAGUAAGGUAUUUGAGCAAGACAUGGGCUUCCUUUCGUCUCAAAACGAGGUUUUGAUCACAGAGAAAGUCCCCACAAAGAAACUCUAUUUGAAUCUGAAGUCUUCUGACACUUGGGUUGCAGAAUACAGGAAGUGGAUGGAUAAAGUUGGACAUGGUAUGCCUUACCAUUUUGGGCACAGUACUAUUUCGCUCCCUGAAGUUCCAGCAGUUGUUGAGCAUGCCCCAGCAGGCCUAGUUGCUGGGCUCUCAGCUCAAUCUCCUGCUAAAGGUGGGCUAGGGACAAUGUAUGCUCCGAAUUGGGCUAACAGGUAUUUCCGACAUGUGAUCCAUUGCAAGGAGUGUAGUGGUGUUUUACAAGCAUUUGAAGCAUGGAAAAAAGCCCUGUCUGUCAUCGCUGUUUUGUCCACUGGAUUUGCCAUACUUGUUUCAGGAAGACAGUGGAAAGCUCUUUGGUUAGUUACCACUUCACUGUGCUUGGCUGGAGUAUAUGCUUGCUCUGCUGCAAUAGCAUUGAAUACAACAAAUUUUAUUAGGACUCAUCGAAGGCUGUAAAAUUUUCCCGUGUUUUCUGAGGAUAAAUUCUGGAUUGGAAAUUAAGAGAUGCUCACUUCAACAAGAGUCUGAAAUAAGUCUCAGGACUGGGCUACUACAGAUUUCAGAACUCUAUGUUGUACAGAAAGCACAUAGAAAAGAAAUGACAGGUAGUGAAAUAUUCUGAAUUCAAUUUUUCUGUUUGUUUUCAAACUGAGAAAUAUAUCUUUUGGUCGAUUAAGUGGAAUGACUGAUGCCUACUGUGUGGACGGAUGAAGUGAUGGAAAUAGCUAGAUUGUAUUGCUAUUAGAAUUUGUGUGUUUAUGUAAUUGUGUAUAGCUGGGUGAAUUCAUAGUUUUUCCUCAAAAUUUCUGUCUAAGAGUGAUGUAAACAGUGAGUUUGCAUUUGUUAUCAAUGUAAUCCCUCACAACUUAUGUCAGCUAUAUGAUGAACGGUUUUUUUUAAUUCAA